AUGGGAAUUUCAAGCGACCAUGGGUCUCAAAGCCCGGUGGUCGUCGGCAUUUGCGUUGCAUUUGCCAUCUUGACUUUUCUGGUCUUGAGUCUUCGGUUAUUUGCACGCGUCUACGUCCUGGGAAAUAUGGGUGCCGAUGACUAUCUCAUCAUUGGCGCUUCUUUGCUAUCAUGGGCAUUCAUUGCUGCCACAAUCGUUGCGGUUAAUAAUGGCCUCGGUCAACACGUCAAAUACGCCGAUCAGACCAAACUCAUAACCUACUCAUUUGCUGUCUGGCUGAGUUCAAUGUUCUACCUCGCAACUCUCGGUUUUGUCAAAACCUCCGUCCUAUGGUUCUACACUCGCCUGGGAGACCGUACCUUGACUCGGAUUUCUUGGGUCAUGAUGGCCGUCAUUACAGCCCAGGCCGGUUCCUUCGUUCUUGUCGCUGCAUUCCAAUGUCAGACCAUCAGCAAGGCCUGGACAGCCACAGGUCCCGGCACCUGUGUCAACAUCAACGUCUUCUACCUUUGCAAUGCCGCGUUGAACAUCUUAACUGAUGUUCUGACCUACACUCUGCCGAUCCGUGUCAUUCUGAAGCUUCAAAUGCCUCGCAAACAGAAGAUUGCCCUGGGCUUCAUCCUCUGCCUUGGUCUUUUUGCUUGUGUCUCGUCCAUCAUUCGAAUCACAUACAUCCCCGCAAUGCUUACGUCCGACGACUACACCUACGCCAUCAGCGGUGCCAUGUACUGGUCCGUCAUCGAAACCAACGUCGGUAUCUUCGCCGCCUCAAUCCCAUCCUUCAAGGCCAUUGCCUCCCGCUUCUUGCCCCGCUUCAUUGGCGAGUACAGCAGUGGCAGGAAAUACGGUCCUUGGUCCGGUAACACUGAUGCUCGGAAGUAUGGCUCAGGCUUCACCAAGGUGACUGACCCCAACCAUAUCACCCUGGGCACAAUGAACGGUAAGGACGAAGGAUUGGGUACGCAGAUUGGCGCGACCAUCAACGACAACUCGAGUGAGGAGCGAAUCAUCAUCCCCGACGGUAAGAUCUUCACACAGACGGAGAUUGAGACCACAGUGGAAACAAACAACAUCUACGAUGUACCGAAUGAGCGGGCUCAUCGGUCAAAGCGUGGAUUCUAA